AUUUUGGGAGGUAGAUUAUCAACCAAUAAACAUUAAGUGCUUCCUUUGUGCCAGGAACAGAUGCAAAAAGAGGCAGAAGACAAUCGCUGCCCUCAAAGGGUUUACAGUCUAAAAGGGAGACAAUUUUGCAUAGUCAGCAUUGAAACACUGAUCAAACACCUACUGGAUACCAGGCCCAGUGCUAUGCCCUGGGGAUACCAGUAAGAAAAAGCUCACAAUCUAAUGGAGGAAACAGAUGCAGGGCAGGGCCUCUUGGGAGUACACCAGCCUGGUUCAUGGAGUCAAACCAAGCAGAGCAGCAGCUGAUGGAAAAUUGAGUCUUCCCUGCAGAGAAGCUUUGGGAGGAGUUGAUUGCUCCGUCCUGGAGUCCUCCAGUGGCAGGGGAGACAGUGCUUGGGACAUAGUAGGUGUUUCAUCAGUGCUUGCUCCUUGUGCUGCCCUCACAGGUCUGAUGACGAUGUGGUUUAACACAUCCCGAACAUUCUUUCUAUGUGACCCAGGCAGCUUCGACGAUAUUUAUGUGUAGUUAAAAAGCUCAGCUGCUUUGAGUCUUGUGUUAUGCCGUCUUCUUGAAAGGAAGAAGAUUGAAAUAAGGGUUGUAAACUAAGAAGAAUGGCCGGGGCUGGCUUAUAGGUCCUCUAAGGAAUCUGUCCCAUGAGGUGUUGAGUGCACUGGAUUUAGGAAUCUGGAGGCUUGGGUACAAGUGGCAGCACAGCCACCAGCCCGCUUAUUGACACGGAGUUCGUCUCAGAGCCAAAGACAUCACAAUGGAGAAUUCUUUAUUGGUACCUCCAAAAGAUCAAGAUGAACCUAAAAUCUCUCCCUGGACAACACAGACUGGGAAAAGUUUACAGAAUAAAAUUCAGUUUAGGACUAUUGCCCCCAAAAUUACACCCAAAGUCCUAACAUCCCCAGUGCUGCCCUAUCAGUCACCAUCACUCUGUGAUCAAGUUCAUCCCAUGUCCUCGGCCAAUUCUAGGCCUCUGGUGAUGCCACCACAAAACUAUGCCCUGAUGCAAGUCGCUGGUCAGGAGGGAACCUUUUCCCUUGUCGCUUUGCCCCAGGUUACUCCAGCAGUGACAACCCCACCCGUCCAGAAGCCCAAAAACCUUAAAUUGCCUAUUCCUCGGUACCAGCCUACAAGAAAUAAGAAGAUGCCAGAAGUGGAAACGAUUCCAAACUCUUCUGUGAGUGUGAUUAGGAAGGUUCCAGCCAAUACACAAAUAUGUGCUCAGCCAUCGCCUUCAAUAGCCAACCAUUCUGAACUUCACACCAACAUUGAUUCCUCUGAGCAUGUGAUAGUGAUAGAUCAGGUGCCGACUGAAAUCACAGUUACUGCUUUGCUUGAUGAAAGCAGCUGUGUAGAAUCUGGACCUCCACUGAUAAGCAGACCUGAGGCAGGCGACACGGUUAUUUUCCCCAAACCAUGGGUACCAGAGGAAGCUUCAGCUGAGCUGGGUAAUUCCAUGAAAGCCAAACUAGACACAAACACAAUGGCCAGAAAGCCCUCAGCCAUGGUUAUUGAGAGAAUCAGAGAAAAAGUCGCCGAUUCGGCAAAAGCCAUGACCGUUUUGUCCCCAGCUAUUUUUGGCAAUGCAGUGCAGCUGAUCCCUGCAGCGCCUAAAGGUAAACUUCCAAUCUUGCCAUACUCAAGAAUGAAGACAGCAAUGUCUAAGCCAGAUGCCAGCAUUGUCGGUCCUGCUUCUUGGCACAGACCCAACUGUGACAAAGCUGCAUCAUUUGCAAAAACCUUCGAUGUGCCUCCCAAAACAUCGGAUAAGCUCUUUGCUGUUUCACUCACACAAGUGUCCAAGCCCGCUGCCUGCAGAGAUGCCUUUUGCUCAGUCACCAAGGUGGAAGUUGACAACAAAAAGAAAUUAAAUGGUGGAACAGCCAGGAAAAGAGGAAGGAAACGAAGGAUGCCAGAGGACGUUUUGGCUUUUCAGACAAAGAAGAGAAAGUGUGUCCUUGACACAUGCAGAGAUGUUCAAGAAAGAGUAAAAACUGACCCCCAAGAGCUCAGAGACAGAAAAGCUGGGACUGUGAAAAAGUAUCGGAACAUUAUGCCCAAGCCUGUUGUUGUCAUGCAGGCAGUGUCUCCACUGACCUCCCCUGCACCUCCUGUACAGACCAAAUCUCCCGACUAUGUAGACACCAUGUUAGAAAAUCCCCUUACAAACAAGCAUCCCAGCUCGAAGCAGAGCGACAGUGCUUGUACCAAGCCAGGUCCUGUAUGCAAAAAUGGCUUCUCUGCCAUCAGAAAGCCUUGGCACAGAUGCCACAUCUGCAACCACCACUUUCAGUUUAAACACCAUCUUCAGGACCAUAUGAACACACACACAAACAGACGGCCCUACAGUUGCCGGAUCUGUCGUAAAGCAUAUGUGCACUCGGGAAGCCUCAGCACCCAUAUGAAACUUCAUCACAGUGAGAGUCGUCUCAAGAAGCUCCUGUGCUGCGAAUUCUGUGCAAAAGUGUUUGGUCACGUGAGGGUCUAUAUUGGCCAUCUGAAAGAAGUGCAUAGGGUUGUGAUCAACACCGAACCUUCCUCUGGGGAAUUGCCACAGGGCAGAGGGCCAAAGAACCGAGAAAUAGGCGUAAGAGGCACAGAAGAAGCGGUGGAGAGAGAAAACAAGGCAGGCCUCGAGGAGACCCUCUUUCCAGGACAGGCCAGCGAAGUCAAGUUGGACAUCAAGUGUGGCCGCUGUCAGGUCACUGCUCAAUCUUUUUCUGAGAUGAAGUGUCAUUUAUUGUAUGUGCACGGAGAGGACAUUCAGGGGAAGCUGAAGGAAGGAGUCUUACCAAGCAGCAGAGGAGCCCAGGAGGAAGUGGUGAAGCGAGCUGCUCAUUUCUGGAAACAGCGCAGCGAGAGGAGAAGCCUGGCGAAGAGGGACGCUUUGGAAGAGGAGGCGUACACAUUCCCCAUCCAGCUCAAAAGGGAGAUCUACCUCCUCCAUCAGAAGAACCUGGACAUACUGACAAAGAGCGAAGAAGCUCCCUUGGGAGCCGGGGAGCCGGGCAAGGCUCCGCCAAGCCCAGACUGUGCCACGCCAUAUAAGAUUCAGGUCUGGUCUGAUUUGGGCUUUAACUGUCUUCUUUGUAAGCAGACGCUCGAGAGGAAAGAAGAACUUUUCCUUCAUUGGGAACAGCAGCACAACUGUGAGGACCCUUCUGUACUCUGGGCUCUUUUAAGUGCAUUAUCCUCACAGGGAGUUAUUGAACUUUCUAAUGAGGCUGAAAAAUGAAACACUGGGGGGAGGGAACGAACAUUGCAGGAAAUGUUUGCUCUGCUCUUCCCCACAGAGUUUAAUAUUAUACUCGUGUCUCUUAAUUACAGAUUUGGGCCAUGCAAAAAAAAAAAACAAAACCCUUUUUGUUUUUCAUGAGUAAAGGCAAAAUUUAUACAAUUUUGUUUUCUUAUGAACUACACAAGAAACAGCACAGAAUUUUUGGAUUUAUAUGAGGAUUUGUUGGGAAAUGUCACUCAUUAACUGAUAAAGCCUUUGAGUCCUUAUCAGAACAAAUAGAAAGACCAGACUAUGGAUACAAAAAUCAGGAAGAUUAUAAGAUCUGCCUAAAAUAUACCAUGCAGUAUGAACAUGUAUAUAUUGGUAGGUAUCAUUUUUGUGUAAUAGCACACAAAUGCCUUCUAUUAAUAUAGAUUGACAAAUCUAAUAACUUCCUAGACUGAAAACUUCAUUUCAGCUUCAAAAGUCGUACCAGGUUUUAUGGUAAUGAAUAUCGAUAUGUGUUCAAUCCUUGGCUUUAUUUGAAUAUGCUUUAGGAGAAUGUAUUUAAUAAGAUUGUCAUUUGCCCUAAUUUAAAUUCCUUGCAUCCAGUCCUUCCAGUUUUUUUUCUUCAUGCUACCUACCAUCUACUUUCUUAAAUGGUCAUUGCCUUGAAGCGUCUUUGCUGGCAUGUCUUACAGGUACAGAGUUCUCUCUUCAAAGGAAUCAAAAUCCUGUUAAAACUCCAGCUAAUUAAAGAAAUAAAAAAGCCAUUUUCUACAUAAGAAGUUAUUUUCAAGCAGACAAUGCUAGAAUAUUUAUGCCCUGAAAGUAACACAGGUUGUUCAAGCCAGAAACCCUAGGUGUCUUGGUUUCUUUCCCUUGUCCCUCAGACUAGCUUCUUUUUUGAAUGGUGGCUUGGAGGGAUGUACCUGUAUUAGUAAUUUGACAGGCACAGGUUUGGUUUUGUUUCCUUUUUUCAAAUUCAUUCAUGAGUAAAACUCCUUUUUUUUUUUUUAAUGUGUAGGAAAUGGUCUAGCAGAUUCUGAAAUGUUCAUCUUUCAAGUUUCAGCCAGUUCUGGAUAUAAAAAUAGCCUUAUGGCUGUUGUAUGUUUGGGAGAUACUGUUCAAAACAAAAUUCCUCCUCUUCCCCACUUCCCCUUUGCCAAAAGAACAUCACCUCUUGAUUCUUCUGUUAGUGACCUUAGCAUUCUUCUGAAUCACCUUUGAGCCCUCCUUCUUCCUCUCCACCCAUCUAACGAAAUCCUGUUGAUUCUACCUCUGAAAAAGCUUCUGCACCCAUCCCUUCCUUAAAAUUCCCACUGCCGCCAUCCAGGUGUAGGCCCUCCCUAACUUACCCAAACGAGUGUAGCAGCCUUUCACUGGUCUCCCUCUACCCAGUCCUUUCCCUUUCACACAUGGCCACCAAACUAAUCUUCCUGAAGCACAGCUCUGAUCAUGGCACUGCUGCUCAUAACCCUUUUUGGUGGUUCCUUGCUAUCUAACAAAUAAAGUCCAGUCUUUCAAUUUAGGAUAUGAAGCUCAAUCCACUCUGGCCUCAGCCUGCUUUUCCCACUCUCUCAUUCUGUAAUCCUGUACUCAUAUUCACCCAACUGGAGCACCUGUCAUUUUUCCCACACAGCCUGAAUGGGCCUGCACAGCAUGGUCUUGUUCGUGCCAUUUGCUACAGUUGGAAUUACCUUCCCUCCCUCUCUGUCUCCACCAGUUGGGUUCCCACCCUUCCUCCAAGACUCACUUCCUCAUAUGCUAUCCUCAUGAAGUUUUCCCUCAUCUCCCAAACCAAAAGGGAUCUUCCUUCUGAACUGUCAUAGCGGUUUUGUUUGUACCUCUCUUAUAGGCAUAUCAUGUCCUGCCGUGUAUUACAGGCGCAUACAUGUCUUAUCUUUCCUCUAAGAUUGUAAGCUCAUCCAGGGCAGGGGUCAUGUCUAAGUCAACUCUGUAUUCCCCCAUAGUGCCUAGCAAGGUGCCUUGCACAAAAGCACUCAAAAUAAAUGUUGUGGAAUGAUGGAAAUUACCUCUUAUAAUCUUUGAAAUGAUUUUCAGAGUAGGAUGGACCAGCUUCAUCCUGAUGGAAUCUCUGUAACUCGGGGUGGAUGUGAAGUGUAUAUAAUAUUCAUUUGCUCCUAAUACACCUGAGGUUCCUCUGAGUUUUAGUCCCUUUAUCCCUCACACGUGUAGUUCACAGAAUGCUUUCACCUACAUUUUCUCGUUUUAUUCUUCCAAUAACCCUAGGAGGUAAGCAAGAAAGGUAUUUUUCCCCUCUGUUUUAGAGAUGGGGAAACUGACAAAAGGCCCCGUUGUUACAAAGGCUAGGAGUAUUUGGAGAGAGACCGUUCAUUUCCUCCAUCAAUUGCUAUCAAGAGGACGACAAGGAUACAAUCUAUAGCUACAGCUUCUACCGUCUCCCAUACCUGAUGUUUUCAGGACAUUUGCCAGUAGAAUGGGGGAAUGAACCCUGGGAGUUAAAGACAGUCUUAUUUGGGAUUAGUGACCUCGGGAAUUAUAGGGGAGUUUAAUAAUUCAGUAGUGAACAUAGUGGUGCAGUAUACUGAGAGCCAUACGUGAACUCUCAGGAAAAAUCCCUACCUCAGUAUACUAAAUCUCUCAAAAACGACUCCCAUAUAAUGAAAAUUUAGUAUUUAACAGUGAUCCUAAAAAAUAAGACAUAAUUUUUCCUGAAAAGAUAAAGGCAACAGAUCAAUCAAUGCCUGUCUUAGGCCCUUUUGAUCCUUCCAUGCAGUCACUUGGGAUGGGCGGAAAACAUAACCCAAGGCAAAAACAUUGGGUAAAAUCAAGACAAAGAACUACUCCCCUCCCCCCCCAAAAAACCCCAACAAAACCAAACAACCCUUCUUUGAAUUCCUGCCUACUUACUAUUAAUUAGAUUAGGUUGGAUGCCUUCCUGCUAUUCCCCCAAGGAUGAAGCAACAUCCUAUCUUCUACCUCCCAAGCUCCACCAGCUGUGAACAUUAGUGGAGGUGCUAACCCUUUUUCAAGGAAAGAGUUAGUUUUCAGACAAGGAGGUCUGGACCUACAUUUCCUUACAUACAACAAGUAGAAAGCUGCCUCUUCAGUCUACAGGACACACUUCUUUUGAGCUAAGGAAGUCUUGCCUGAUUAAUAAACAAAAAAAUCUGUUACCUCAAUCCGUGACCUCUUGAGGACAUUUCUUUCCUGAGACCUAUUUCCUCAGACACAGUCUGAUUGGAAGCAGAUGAUAUAAGCAAAUGCCAUUCUGCCCUGUCAUCCCUGUGUCACAUCCACAUCUCCAUUCUAAACAUCUGUAGCAUAAUUUUGGGUCUGUCAUUAUUAACAGGGAUGUUCUAGUAAAUGUUUUAACAAGAGGC